CAAAAAGCGCAGGUCAUAGUGAGGAGAGGAGAGGAGAGCGGAGGUGGCGGCGGGGGACGGUGAUGGCGGCGUACAGGGCGGACGAGGAGUACGACUACCUGUUCAAGGUGGUGUUGAUCGGGGACUCCGGGGUGGGGAAGACGAACCUGCUCUCCCGCUUCGCCCGCGACGAGUUCAGCUUCGAGACCAAGUCCACCAUCGGCGUCGAGUUCGCCACCCGCACCAUCCACGUCGACGGCAAGCUCAUCAAGGCCCAGAUAUGGGAUGCCGCCGGCCAAGAUAGAUACCGAGCAAUCACAAGCGCAUACUAUAGAGGAUCUGUCGGAGCCCUCGUCGUCUACAACUUGAGUUGCCAUAUCACCUUCGAGAACACAGCCAGGUGGCUGCAGGAACUGCGAAGCCACACGGACCCAAACAUCGUUGUCAUGGUCGUGGGCAACAAGGCUGACCUGUGUCACAUAAGGGCUGUGUUGGUAGAGGAGGCACAAGCCUUUGCUAGCAAGGAGAAGGCUUUCUUCAUGGAGACUUCCGCCCUGGAGUCUAUCAACGUGGAGAAUGCCUUCACGAAGUGCUGACUUAAAUCUACCAUGUGGUCAACAGGAAGGUGCUUGCCAUUGGUGAUGAUCCCUCGACUUUGCCUAAAGGACAGACCAUUAAUAUAGACAUGGAGGAUGAUCGCUAAGCUGCUAACAAAGCUGGGU